ACAAAAGAAGAUGAAGGAAAUAGGAUCUCCAAAGAGCCUCUAGAGCUAGCUGUGAAAAUGAGGGAAGAAGAGUGAGAAAAAAAUAGAAAAUUCAGUCCCGGUUUUCGUUUUGCGAUUUAGGUCUUGGAUCUAUUUAGGGCAAACAUAUAAACUAGUUCGUUUUUUAGAUUCAAGAAUAAUUAAAUGGCUGUUCCAGUUGAAGAAGCCAUUGCUGCUCUUUCAACAUUCUCACUAGAGCAUGAUCAACCAGAGGUGCAGGGUUUAGCAGCUAGUCUAUCAACUGAAAGAUGUGCAACUAAUAGUCCUAUUGAGUAUAGUGAUGUUUCUGCAUACCGCCUAUCGUUGUCAGAGGACACGAAAGCCAUAAAUCAAUUGAACAAUCUUAUCCAAGAGGGAAGGGAAAUGUCAUCUGUUCUCUACACUUAUCGCAGUUGUGUCAAAGCACUUCCUCAGCUUCCUGAUUCUAUGAAGCAGAGUCAGGCAGAAUUAUAUUUGGAAACUUAUCAAGUUCUGGACUUGGAGAUGAGUCGUCUUCGUGAAAUUCAACGGUGGCAGUCAUCAGCUGCUGCCAAACUAGCAGCUGACAUGCAACGGUUUUCGAGGCCCGAGCGGCGCAUAAAUGGCCCUACAAUAACGCAUCUAUGGUCCAUGUUGAAGUUAUUGGAUGUUCUGGUUCAACUCGAUCAUCUGAAAAAUGCGAAAGCAAGCAUACCUAAUGACUUUUCUUGGUAUAAGAGAACAUUUACUCAAGUCAGCAUUCAGUGGCAAGACACUGAUACGAUGAGGGAAGAGUUAGACGACUUACAGAUUUUCUUAAGCACGAGAUGGGCUAUUUUACUGAAUUUGCAGGUUGAAAUGUUCCGCGUGAACAAUGUUGAAGACAUUCUUCAGGUUCUCAUAAUAUUCUGCGUCGAGUCUGUGGAGUUGGACUUUGCGCUUCUUUUUCCAGAUCGUCACAUUCUUCUUCGAGUUUUGCCUGUUCUCGUAGUAUUAGCAACGUCUUCUGAGAAAGACGGCGAGUCGCUUUACAAGAGAGUGAAAAUCAACCGGCUCAUUAGUAUAUUUAAGAAUGAUCCUGUUAUCCCAGCAUUCCCAGAUCUUCACCUCUCUCCUGCUGCGAUCAUGAAAGAGCUGUCAAUGUACUUUCAGAAAUUCUCAACUCAAGCUCGUCUUCUUGCGCUUCCAGCACCGCAUGAGCUCCCACCCCGCGAGACACAAGAUUAUCAGAGACGUUAUUUGAUCAUCAAUCACAUUGGAGCAGUUCGCUCUGAGCAUGAUGAUUUUGUCAUUCGCUUUGGCUCAUCCAUGAAUCAGAUUGUGUUAUUGAAAUCAAAUGAUGGUGCAGAUGUUGAGUUGUGCAAGGAAGUUAAGGGAAACAUGUAUGAUAUGGUUGUUGAAGGUUUUCAACUUCUAAGUAGAUGGACUGGACGCAUUUGGGAGCAAUGUGCAUGGAAGUUUUCCCGUCCCUGCAAAGAUGUGCCUGCAGAAUCUCAUGAGAUUUCUGCAUCAGUUUCUGACUAUGAAAAGGUGGUUCGCUGGAAUUAUACAUCAGAGGAAAGGAAGGCAUUAGUAGAACUUCUUAGCUAUAUAAAGAGUAUUGGAUCAAUGAUGCAGCGGUGUGAUACAUUGUUGGCCGAUGCCUUACUGGAAACGGUCCAUGCUGAAGUGCAAGAUUUUGUGCAGAAUAAAUUAGCAACGAUGCUAAAAACUACAUUUCGGAAAAAGAAGGACCUUUCUAGGAUACUUUCUGACAUGCGGACCCUUUCAGCUGACUGGAUGGCGAAUACAAACAAGCCUGAAGCAGAGACACAAUCUCUACAGCAUGGUGACGAAAGCAAGGGAAACUUUUUUUAUCCCAGACCUGUUGCUCCAACAACAGCUCAGGUUCACUGCCUACAGUUCCUUAUUUAUGAGCUUGUAUCUGGUGGUAGUUUAAGGAAGCCUGGAGGACUCUUCGGGAAUAGUGGGGCAGAGAAUUCUAUUAACGAUCUGAAGCAGUUGGAGACCUUCUUUUACAAAUUGAGCUUUUUCCUGCAUAUUUUGGACUAUACAGUGACGAUUGGAACGUUAACAGAUGUUGGUUUUUUGUGGUUUAGAGAAUUUUAUUUGGAGUCUUCCCGUGUUAUCCAGUUUCCUAUUCAAUGCUCUCUCCCUUGGAUGCUGGUAGAUCAUGUAAUUGAGUCCCAAAAUGCAGGUCUUCUUGAGAGCAUUCUGAUGCCACUCGACAUCUAUAAUGAUUCUGCACAGCAUGCACUGGUUGUGCUCAAGCAACGGUUUUUGUACGAUGAAAUUGAAGCUGAGGCAGAUGUUUGUUUUGAUCAGCUUGUUCUGAAGUUAAGCGAGUUAAUUUUCACUUACUAUAAAAGUUGGGCAGCAAGCGAAUUUCUUGAUCCAUCGUUCCUCUUUGCUUUGGACAAUGGUGAAAUAUAUGCUGUCCAACCUAUGAGAUUCAAUGCGUUAUUAAUGAUGACAAGAGUGAAGGUACUGGGUAGGACCAUUGAUUUAAGGAGCCUAAUUGCUGAACGGAUGAACAAAAUGUUCAGAGAUAAUCUGGAGUUCUUAUUUGAUCGUUUUGAGUCUCAGGAUCUGUGUGCCAUUGUGGAACUAGGGAAGCUCUUGGAUAUUUUAAAGCACUCGCAUGAAUUGCUUUUCAAGGAUCUUCCUAUAGACUCAUUCAAUCUCAUGAUGAAUGAGAUGCAAGAAAACAUCUCUCUUGUUUCUUUUUCUAGUCGACUUGCUUCUCAGAUAUGGUCAGAGAUGCAAAAUGACUUCCUGCCGAACUUCAUCUUUUGCAAUACUACUCAGCGGUUCAUGAGAUCGUCAAAAGUGUCGCUUGUUCCCAUUCAAAAGCCUUCAGUUCCCUCUGCAAAGCCAAACUUUUAUUGUGGGACUCAGGACUUGAAUAUGGCUCAUCAGAGUUUUGCACGAUUACAUAGUGGAUUCCUUGGAAUGCCUCACAUAUUUGCCAUUGCAAGACUUUUAGGGUCUAGGUCAUUGCCUUGGCUAAUUCGAGCUUUACUGGAUUAUAUAUCAAAUAAGAUAGCAGCAGUCGAGCCUAUGAUUACAGGACUACAGGAAGUAUUGCCAAAAUCUAUUGGAUUGCUUCCUUUCGAUGGAGGUGUUGCAGGUUGUCAGAGAAUUGUUAAAGAACAUUUAAAUUGGGGAUCAAAUUCAGAACUUAAAGCAGAGGUUCUUCGUGGCAUGAAGGAAAUUGGAAGUGUAUUAUGUUGGAUGGCGCUACUUGAUAUUGUGUUGAGAGAAAUUGACACCACGAAUUUCAUGCAAACUUCACCAUGGUUGGGUUUGAUUCCUGGAGCUGAUGGUCAAAUUUUAUACUCUCAAAAUGUUGGAGAUAGCCCACUUGUCACCCUCUUCAAAUCUGCAGCAGCUGCUGCUGAGUCAUACACUAACUGUUCAAGUUUGUCAUCGCUCCACACAAUAUCUAAACAAGCAGAAGCUGCAGAUCUGUUAUACAAAGCCAAUAUCAAUUCAGGAAGCUUGUUGGAAUAUACCCUUGCAUUUACAAGUGCGACAUUAGAUAAAUAUUGUAGUAAAUGGAGUGCAGUUCCCAAGACCGGGUUCAUUGACAUUACUACUUCGAAAGAUUUUUAUCGUGUAUAUAGCGGUCUUCAAUUUGGAUACAUGGAAGAUUCUGUUCAGACAUCGGCAAACAAUCAUGAAGUCUUGGGUGAUUCAGUUGCUUGGGGAGGUUGUACAAUAAUUUACUUGCUUGGUCAACAAAUACACUUUGAGCUCUUUGAUUUCUCCUACCAACUCCUUAACGUUGCUGAAGUAGAAACUGCGACAAUCACGCAAACCCCUAGAAGUGCUAAUUAUGUGCAGAUGUGGGAAAAUCUAUUAGAAGCUAUGAAAAAAGAACGUAGGUUGAACAACCAUGUGUUUUCAAUGUUGCGGGCACGUUGCCCACUAGAGGAUAAAACAGCAUGUGCAAUCAAGCAAAGCGGAGCUCCCCUUCAUCGGAUCAAAUUCGAGAACACUGUUUCUGCAUUUGAAACACUUCCGCAGAAAGGUGCUUAAAACUAAACUUCAUUUCUUCCUAGUUGGUAUCUGCUUCUUUUUUAAUCUGUUUCUCGCUUUUCACUGUAUGAAAGUGUGCUGUUUGUAACUAUUAUUAAGAAUGUAGAAAAAUACCAUGUAUAGGAACUGAGUAGAUAUGUAACAAAGACCAAGUCAAUGAUGCUAAGUUUCAUGGCCUGUUUCAUAA